AGUACCUGUAUGGACCCGGUGUUGUGCACCGGGUGCACCGUCCAUCUUUAUCAUUUGAGUAUUUGUUUAUUACACACUCGACACUGCACACACAGAUAGAUAGGGGCGUUUGAACGACAUCACAGACCAUACCACAACAGCCGCUCGGCCGGACUGAAUUCCGAACGUCUCCGCCAUGCGCCGCCUGCUGCCCAAGCCCAGGCCACUUCUCACCGCUGCCUUUCUAGUGAUUCUCUGCGGCCUCGCCUAUGGCAACUUCACUACCGCUCAAUCAGAUCUUAUCUCCGACGGUCUUCACGCCUCCAAGCUUCCGGACUUCCUGCGCCUCCGCCUACCGGAGGAGACCUGUGAGGAGUCGUAUGGAUUUUUGCCGUGCACCACCACAGCCCUCGGAAACCUAUUCCUGAUUAUUGUCUACGGUUACCUGAUGUUUAUGGCGGCCACGUAUCUCUCCACCGGGAGUGAGCUUCUGCUCGAGAUCCUUGGCCCUGGGAUCGUCGGCGGCCUUUUUCUUCCCAUGCUCGGAGCGCUUCCUGAUGCUAUGCUCAUUCUCGUCUCCGGGUUGUCUGGAAGCAAAGAGACUGCUCAAAGCCAGGUGUCAGUUGGAAUGGGACUUUUGGCUGGGUCAACAGUCAUGCUUCUUACUGUAAUUUGGGGUACCUGCAUUGUUGUUGGCAAGUGUGAUCUAGAAAAUGGUGUUGCUGUAGACUCUAAAGACACAAAACGCUUUGACUUAACUGGCUCCGGUGUUACUACAGAUAUAUGGACAAGCUAUGCAGGCAUCAUUAUGGCUAUAUCUGUGAUUCCCUUCGUAAUAGUCCAGCUACCACAAAUUCUGAAUAUAGAAUCAGGACGGCACUUGACUGUUUUGAUUAGUCUUAUAGUUUCUGCUUCACUUCUAAUCACCUAUUGCCUUUACCAGAUAUUCCAGCCAUGGAUUCAAAGGAGACGACUUGCUUUUGCCAGGCAUAAGCUUGUCAUAUCCGGAAUCUUGAAGCAUUUCAACAAGAGUGCCCUGGGGCGGCUUUCGACAGACGACGGAAGACCAAAUGUAGAAGUCAUAGAAAAGCUAUUUCGAACAAUUGAUGAGAACGAUGAUGGAUAUCUUUCGCACGCAGAAUUGAAGGCAUUGAUUGUCGGAAUCCAGUUCAAUGAGAUUUCAUUGGAUCACAACGAUGCUGUCGAUAAAGUGAUGAAGGAGUUCGACACCUCUUUUGAUUCCAAAGUUGAACUGGAUGAAUUCAUCGCAGGAAUUGGCAGAUGGCUUGCGGAGGCAAGGGGCGCCAAAGCUUCUAUCGAUGAAUAUCACCAGCAAACAAAGAUAGAACAUGAUCGUCUGGGCGUGGGGGAACACAGCGACGAAAUGGUUGAGGGCGUCGAGAAUCCUGGUUGGACUACAAUUAAAGCUGUACUCUUAUUGCUUCUUGGAACAUGCAUUGCAGCUGCUUUUGCAGAUCCUCUUGUCGACGUUGUCACAAAUUUCUCUAACGCCACCAGCAUACCGACAUUUUUCAUAUCAUUUGUGGCGCUGCCGUUAGCCACCAACUCUAGCGAGGCUGUGUCUGCCAUUAUUUUCGCCACCAGGAAAAAAUUAAGAUCAGCAUCAUUGACAUUUUCGGAGUUGUACGGCGCAGUUACUAUGAACAAUGUCCUGUGUCUAUCGGUUUUCUUGGCGCUUGUUUACGCAAGAGGGCUGAUUUGGGACUUCUCGUCCGAAGUUUUGGUUAUUCUGAUAGUGUGCAUUGUUAUGGGAGUGUUUGCCAGUGUUCGCACGACUUUCCCACUCUGGACCUGUUUCAUCGCGUUCCUCCUUUAUCCGUUGUCCCUCGCGCUUGUGUACAUUCUUGAUUUUGUCUUCGGCUGGUCGUGAGCGCGCCCGUUAAUAUGGUUCGCGAGCGGUUGUGCUCCCGGGUGUUUUUGUACUUUGAGGAAGAUCCAUGCCAGCCGUGCCAUCUUUACCUUACCUGCUUAUGUAUGUAUUUAUGUAUACUUAUACAGUUUGUGUUGCUUGUUUUGGGGAUUUUCUGCAUUUCUUGCUGUGCAGACACUUCUUGAUUAUUGGAUAUUUUGAAAUUUGGAGACUUGUGACUAUUUAAGUGUUGGAAUUUGGUGAAUGAUAAUUCACUAUAGGAAUCAGAGGUGUUCGUAUUUAUAGUUCA